CUCACAGAAACAAUUUGAAACCCUAGGCCCCUUCCUCCCACUGUCCGCCAUUUACGGAACUCUUGCAAUCGCCGCCUUCUGGCACCGCCACCAACUUGCCGUCCGGCAUUCUCACUUGCUUUACUUUCAAAAAUUGCAGCAGGCUGUCUGCUAGUAUAGAAGUGGACCUUUUUGCAGUUAAAAAUGGGUAAAGAAUCGGGAGUUAAAUCUCGUAAAGAGAAACGGAAAGAAGCUCGAGUGGAAAAGAACAAGAAAAAGUUUGAUUCUUGGGUCCAACAUAAUCAAGUUAAGAAAAUGAAAAGGGUAACUAAAAAAAAGAAGGCGAAAAAGGUGCAAAAGAAUGUUCAAGUUGCAGAAGCGGAAGAGUCUAAGAUGUUAACGGAAACUUUAGAGGCUGAACACGUGGAGACCCGUAACGAUGGAAUUUCUGGUAAUGGGGACUUAGGGUUGGAAAAAAAACUUGCCAAGAAACUGAAAAGGAAAAAUAAAAAGUUACGUGAGAGAAAUGAUGACGAUGAUGAGGAGGAUAUGUCAUCCGAAGGAAUUCCUACUUCCCUCGAGUCUUUGGAGACAGAAAAGGAAGGAAAUUUUAGAAAGGCUAAUACUUUACGUAAGAAAAGUAAGAGACGUGUAGCUUCGGGUGAUGACCAAGUGAAGAAAAAGAAAACAAAGUUCGAAAAAUAUCUUGAAUUGGAGACGCAGACUGAUAUGGCCUCUGCUAAGGAGGAUCUUGCUUUGGAAAGAAAACUUGCAAAGAAGCUUAAAGUGAAAAAAGGGAAAUUAGGGGGAGAUGAUGAUGAGCUGAACAUGUUAUUUGAAGGGAUUUCGUCGGUGUUUGAUUCUAUGGAGCCUGAAGAAAAUUCAGAUAUUGAAGAAGCUUCUAGAAAAAAGAAAUCAAGGAAGAAACGGAAGAAGAACACAGAACAGAAAGUUCAUAAUGAGAUCAAAAGUGAGGACGUGGUUAAAGAAUCUGAGGGCGAACCUGAAACUGAAUCUGAACCUGAAAAUAAUCAUGUUGAAUCACUGGUAGUUGAAAAACAUGCAAAAUAUGUGCCCCCUCAACUGAGAUCAUCGUCGAGAAAUGAAUCAGAGGAAUAUUCUCAAGUUCGUAAACGUGUGCGUGGUCUUCUAAACAGGCUGGGUGAAGCCAAUGUUGAAGGAAUUACGGGGGAGAUGUCCACUAUCUUCCAGUCUAUUAGCCGCAGUGAUGGUACUAAAAUUAUCAGUGAAGAAAUCUUGGCAUCAUGUUCGGGUGGACCUCGUGGUAACGAACAAUAUGCUGCGAUUUUUGCAGCUUUAGUUUCUGGUAUGGCUUGUUUGGUUGGGAUAGACUUUGGUGCAAAACUGCUUGCUUCACUUGCAAAGUGUUUUGAGGACGAGUAUGAGAAAGAAGACAAUCUUUCCUUGCGGAAUCUUACUCUUUUACUCUCUUAUUUGUACAUGUUUGGAGUUUGCUCAAGUGAUUUGAUAUACGAUUUUAUGAUGAUGCUGAGCUCGCGGUUGACUGAGGUUGAUGUUUCCACUAUCUUGACAGUUCUCAAUUGUUCUGGAAUGAGAUUGAGAAGUGACGAUCCGGCCAGCAUGAAAAAUUUUAUUGUUAGCAUACAAAACAAGGUGACAGAACUGAAGGCUGCUUCUGGGGAUAGCCAGGAACAGACUAAAAGUAAAAGAAUGGAGUUCAUGCUUGAAACCAUAUGUGACAUCAAGAACAACAAAAAGAAGGCGAAAGAGGAUACAUUACAACAUACACGCAUCAAGAAGUGGCUUCAGAAGUUGAGGGUAGAAAGUAUAUUAGUGCGGGGAUUGAAGUGGAGCAGGCUUAUUGACCCGGACAAGAAAGGUCAAUGGUGGUUAUCAGGAGAUAUGGUAUCCACUACAAGUAAUAUUGAAAAUGUUGCUAGAAAGAUCGAUAGAGAGAGCUCAGAGGCUCAGAAAAUGCUUCAACUUGCUGCUGGACAAAGAAUGAACACAGAUGCAAGAAGGGCAAUCUUUUGUAUAAUAAUGAGUGGGGAGGAUUACAUUGAUGCAUUUGAGAAACUUUUAAGGCUGGACUUGCAAGGGAAGCAGGAUAGGGAGAUCAUGCGAGUCCUCGUUGAGUGCUGCCUGCAGGAGAAAGUAUUCAACAAGUACUAUUGUGUUCUAGCUUCGAAGUUAUGCAGUCAUGACAAGAACCACAAGUUCACGUUACAGUACUGCAUAUGGGACCACUAUACCGAUCUGGAAUCGAUGCAGCUAAUCAGAUCGAUGCACCUAGCGAAGUUCAUAGCAGAAAUGGUUUCGUCUUUCACUCUUUCUCUAGCAGUCUUAAAGAAGGCGGAUUUACACGACACAAGUCAACUCACCUCUAGAAAAACCAUGCAUAUUAAGAUCUUUUUCGAGACUGUAUUUGAAUAUGCAGAUAAUACGAUAUGGAACGUAUUCAAGCGUAUAGCCGGUUCACCACAAUAUGAGACCCUUCGAACAGGAAUCAGGUUUUUCAUAGAAAGGUACGUUAUUGGCAGCGAAAAACAAUUUGCGGCAAAAUAUAAAAUUGCAAAAAAAGCCCUAAAGAGUGUAGAAGAAGACGACCCAUUUAGUUGAAAGGCUCCAAUUCUGAUCCUUUUAAUGUGUUGCAUUGGGUCCAAGAAAAUUUUUGUAGCUAUAGGGUUUAAUAUAUUCCAGGUUUUUUGGCUUCUGUUUCUUUAAUUUGGCGUUUUAACAUUGUUUUGUCACUUUAUUUUUGGUCUCGGUAUAAUUUAGACAACAAUAUUUGUUUGAGUUAAUUACAAAAAUCAUCCUUGUCGUGGUACCCAA